AUCAGGAUUUAACGCAUGAAAAACCUGAUACAUUGCCGCAUUGGCCCCUCAACACUCCACACUCCACAGCCUUUAGGAGCAGCAGUUAUGUCAUAUCAUUGCCGCGCCCUCGUCCAGGGUCCAUUUCUCCACCCGCCCUUCUCCCCCGGAGCUGCUGGUGCUCCUGCUCCCUCGCUCGGAGUUCGUGUAGGGUUGCCCUCGAGAGCUCUGCGGUUGCCGCGGCCAGCAAGGGCGUCCGUGGAGAAGCGAGAGCAGCAGGUGACGAUGGAGGAGAAAGCCGGCCAGGCGGCGUUCGGAUGGGCGGCCAGGGACGCCACCGGCGUCCUCUCCCCCUACAACUUCUCCAGAAGGGUUCCUAAAGACGACGAUGUCACAAUCAAGGUGCUCUACUGCGGGAUCUGCCAUACCGAUCUCCACAUCAUCAAGAACGACUGGGGAAACGCCAUGUACCCUGUCGUCCCCGGGCACGAGAUCGUCGGCGUGGUGACCGGCGUCGGCGGCGGCGUCACGCGGUUCAAGGCCGGCGACACGGUCGGCGUGGGCUACUUCGUCGGCUCCUGCCGCUCCUGCGACAGCUGCGGCAAGGGGAACGAGAACUACUGCGCCGGGGUGGUGCAGACCUCCAACGGCGUCGACUACGCGCACGGCGGCGUGCCCACCAAGGGGGGAUUCUCCGACGUCAUCGUCGUGAACGAGCACUACGUGGUCCGCGUCCCGGACGGCCUGGCGCUGGACCGCACCGCGCCGCUGCUCUGCGCCGGCGUCACCGUGUACAGCCCCAUGAUGCGCCACGGCCUCAACGAGCCCGGCAAGCAUCUGGGCGUCGUCGGGCUCGGCGGCCUCGGCCACGUCGCCGUCAAGUUCGGCAAGGCGUUCGGGAUGAAGGUCACCGUCAUCAGCACGUCCGCGAGCAAGCGUCAGGAGGCGAUCGAGAGCCUCGGCGCGGACGAGUUCUUGAUCAGCCGGGACCCGGAGGAGAUGAAGGCGGCGACGGGCACCAUGGACGGCAUCAUCGACACGGUAUCGGCGUGGCACCCGAUCACGCCACUGCUUGCGCUGCUGAAGCCGUUGGGGCAGAUGGUGGUCGUGGGAGGGCCGAGCAAGCCGCUAGAGCUGCCGGCGUACGCCAUCGUGCCGGGCGGGAAGGGCGUGGCUGGGAACAGCGUCGGCAGCGUCGGGGACUGCCAGGCCAUGCUUGAGUUCGCGGGGAAGCACGGCAUCGGCGCCGAGGUGGAAGUCAUCAAGAUGGACUACGUCAACACGGCGAUCGAGCGGCUCGAGAAGAACGACGUUCGCUACCGCUUCGUCAUCGACGUCGCCGGCAGCCUCGGCUCUGCUGCUUAGGCAUGGCUGAAAAGUUUGAAUCGGAGCCCAAUAAUUAAUUAGGUACGGAAUGAUGUUUCGACGCUUGUUGAUGAGUUGGAACUUGGUCGUGGCUUUUGUGGCUCUAAUUGUUUGGUGUACAAGUAAGGAAAAUAAGAGGGAGACAGAGUGCUGUUGCCUUCGCUGGCUUGUAUGGAAAGUGAAUAUCCAUUAAUUAGGUCUUUGUUUGGAUGUUAUCAUAUUCACCUUAACUCAAUGUGUUGGUCGAUUGGGGUGAAA